ACCGCGAGGCUGUUGUACGCUUGGUGGCACCAAAAGCGAAGUGCUUGCUUGAGUCACUUAGCAGUGCAGCGUUUGGUUUUCAAAUACAUAUCUCAAAACAGAAGGAGAAAAAACCCUUUCUGAAGCGAAAAUGGUGUAUGGAGCAAUGUGCGCACACGCGCACAAAUUUCUACUCUCAUCUCGUUCCCUCAACCGUUGGCGUCCUCAACACACCACUCGCCUUCAAUUCCACUCUCGCUCCUCCAACUUCGCUAACUCCGCCGCGCCUUUCAAUCCCGCCCUCCUCCGCCUCCGCAAUUCCCGCCUCUACGCCGUAUCCAACGACGGCUCCGGCGGAAACGGCGCACGUGGCGGCGGCUCUGACGGUCCCAACUCCGGAGGCUCUGACCGAUGGAGUUCCGGCGGCGAUGGAGGAGAAAAGUGGUCCUUAUUGUCAUGGUACUUGGCUCUUCUCGGAAAAUACCCUGUUCCGGUGAAAGCUCUUACAUCUGCAAUUUUGACACUAAUUGGAGAUUUAGUUUGCCAGGUUUUGAUAGAUAAAGUGCAGACACUGGACUUCAAGAGGACAUUCGUCUUUUCUUUUCUUGGUUUUGCUUUAGUGGGCCCAACAUUGCAUUUCUGGUAUUUGUAUCUGAGUAAAUUGGUUACACUUCCUGGAGCAUCAGGUGCAAUUUUGCGGCUUGUACUUGAUCAGUUCUUAUUUUCUCCCAUAUUCAUCGGAGUUUUCUUAUCUUCAUUGGUGACCCUAGAAGGAAGACCAUCACAAGUUGUGCCCAAGCUUAAACAGGAGUGGUUUUCUGCAGUUGUAGCAAACUGGCAGCUAUGGAUACCUUUUCAAUUUUUCAACUUUAGAUUUGUUCCACAACAAUUUCAGGUCCUUGCUGCUAAUGUUCUUUCUUUGGUGUGGAAUGUUAUUCUCUCAUUUAAGGCACACAAAGAGGUUCUUCCAAAAUAGGUAAAGGCAUGGGGGCAGCAAACCAAGGGAAAGUGUUUUUAUUUUACAUGGACGUUUUCACCAAUAGAAAAGAGUGAUUAGCGCGCGGCCCAAUGUUAAUAAAGCGCAUCUUGGCAUGGGAAUAUCUAUCAAGGAGGAUAUAAAUUUCAUUGCACGAUUUUUGAAGAAUUAGCCAAUUCGACGGUGGCUAGAGUGAUCCACAUUCUCAAGUGGUUUAGGGUGCACCCCAAUUAAUCUCUUACUCUCACUGUUAUGUGUACCUCCCACACCAUAUUAUUUCCUAUUCUCAUGUCAAUCUAGCCCAAAUCGACAAGACAAUUUUAUGGCCUGUUUCU